CUUAGCCUGCCCGGUCCCGUGCAGUCCGCUCAGCUGUCGGCCACCGCUGCCUCCCUCGUCCUCGGAGCCGCCAUGGCGGGGGGUCUAGAUUCGCUGGAGAAAUGCCUGGAGCGGCACCUCCCGCCCGAGGAGCUCGGCGAAGUGAAGCGGAUCCUUUACGGCAGCCUGAGCAGAGAACUGGCCUUGCCGGCUGCGGCUCUGUCGGCCGCGAGCCAGAGGGCGUUUGAGCUGCAGGGCUGUGGAUUUGGAGCUGCGCCCGAGCAGCUGAGGCAGACCCGUGUGGUUCGAGUGGGGCUGGUUCAGAAUAAAAUCCCCCUGCCCACAGACACACCCGUGGCGGAGCAGGUGGCUGCCCUGCACAGGCGAAUAGAGGAGAUCGUGGAGGUGGCUGCAAUGUGCGGGGUCAAUGUGAUCUGCUUUCAAGAGGCUUGGACUAUGCCCUUUGCAUUCUGUACAAGAGAGAAGCUUCCAUGGACUGAAUUUGCUGAGUCAGCAGAGGAUGGUCUGACAACAAGGUUCUGCCAGAAGCUGGCAAAGAAGCACAAUAUGGUUGUGGUGUCUCCAAUUCUGGAGAGAGAUGAUGUACAUGGAGGAACUUUGUGGAACACUGCAGUGGUGAUUUCAAACUCUGGAUCUGUCCUUGGGAAGAGCAGGAAAAAUCACAUUCCAAGGAUUGGAGAUUUCAAUGAGUCUACUUACUAUAUGGAGGGCAACACAGGGCAUCCUGUGUUCCAGACUCAGUUUGGAAGGAUUGCUGUGAAUAUCUGUUUUGGGCGCCAUCACCCCCUGAACUGGCUCAUGUACAAUCUAAAUGGAGCAGAGAUUAUCUUUAACCCUUCAGCUACUACUGGAGAACUCAGCGAGUCACUGUGGCCAAUUGAAGCAAGAAAUGCAGCUAUUGCUAAUCACUGUUUUACAUGUGCCAUAAACCGAGUUGGAACGGAAUACUACGUGAAUGCAUUUACAUCUGGAGAUGGUGGGAAAGCCCACCAUGACUUGGGAUAUUUUUAUGGCUCGAGUUAUGUGGCUGCGCCAGAUGGCAGUCGGACACCUGGACUGUCCCGCACACAGGAUGGGCUUUUGGUGGCUGAGGUGGAUCUAAACCUUUGCAGGCAAGUCGGUGACAAAUGGAGUUUUAAGAUGACUGGUAGAUACGAGAUGUAUGCAGAGGAACUCAUGAAGGCUGUCCAGCUUAACUUUGCACCCAAUAUUAUUAAAGAGUAGCUGUGGCGGUGUCCUCUGGUAGGAGAGCUCUCACACCAAGUGGGAUAAAAAUGUCAACACUUAAAGGCUUUGUCUGAGACCUUUUGACACAUGUAGUCUCCUUUUCUUUGGAUGCCGAAUCAGUCAUAUGGUUCAGAAGAGUAUCAGGAAUACAAGCAUUGACUCUUGGUACUUCCCAAAAGGAAGUGCUAGAUAAGGAACUGACUGUAUUUCCUCUCACUUCACAUGAUAACUUUAUGUUGUCACAAGUAGCUGAACGCCCGUGCUGUCACGCGGGUGUAAUUUGUUAAGUCAUGUUUAUGAAAAAGCCAAAAAUGUCUCUAAACAAAAACUGUCAUCAGCUAUUCUUGUAGCUGUUUCCAUUGCUUCACAUUGACGCAGACGUUCUAAGCUUCAGAGUGGUGUUUGUGGUUAGUGGUGUGUGCUGGUUGUGUCUAUUUGUGCGUGGGUGGUGUUGUGCUGGGAGAGCUGUGUAGAUUUCUCCAGGUUGGGAAUGAGGAGGGUGGCUACAGUGAGGGACUGUGUGUGGGGGUUAUGUUGUGCUGGGAGAUUUAUGUUGAUUUUUGUGGCUGUGGCAGUUGGGCCAGGUAAUCCAGCAUCUGUGCAGUUUCCCUAGUACAACCAAUGAAAUUAUUGCAUGCAAAUUAGCUGUAGAGUAAGGUUGGUUGGUAGUCGUUACCUCUGAUCUCACAAUGGUCUAGAACUCUUGGCAUAGCAUAGAGAUGCAUGCCUUACUAUAGAUGUAAUACAUAAGGUCAAAAUGGCUGAGAACUUAAAAAUUGGAUGGUAGUAGGCAAUGAAGCCCAGUGAUGAUGGAACCUGAUGAUAUUCUAAACAAACAGAGCUUUCAAGCCAUGCUUGGACCUGUUUCCAUUGCUUCACACUGACUCAACAGACAUCUUAGGCUUCAGAGUGCCAUUCCUAGAAUCUUACUAUAUGGAUGCUGCCACACUACAUAUUUCAGCUUGUGGACAUUGUACCUCUUAGGUUAUUUAUCUUGCCGGAGAGGUAAUGCCCUUAGCAUUGCUGUUCCGCCAUCUGAAUCCUUAGAGCUGGAGUGCAGCAUAUGGCCCGUAAUCCUACACAGCCCACCAGAGCAUUCAUAAGGCCCGCAGCAGGGCUUGGGUUGUCAGCCCUGGGUUUCGGGACUCCUGCUGUCAGCUGAAAUCUUAUUAAAAUAUGUAGAAUCUGUUUGGCCCACACUAGGUUGUGCUUAGGUUUAUUUGGCCUUCUAGUAUAAUAAGGUUGGGCACCACUGCCUUAAGAGCAUUCGUGUAUCUAAAUUGGUAGUUUAAAAAAAUGAACUGCAUGUCCCAUGUACUAGUUUUACAGGGGAAAAUACAGAAGGAAAAGGUCUGGCCAAAAACGGAGUGGCUGAAGUUAGGUUCUUAUGUCGGUGCUCAAAUAAGAAUUUAGGAGCCUAAUUUUUGGCAACCAUUUUUAAAAGUCUUGGCCUCUGUCUUGUGAAAAAAGAUUUAAAAUGAAAUGUGUAUGGUUUGGCUUGACUUAGUGAAGAUGAAAGGGGCCUGGGGGAUAUUGAAAAACCUUUGAAGGAUAAUUGUUUAAAGUGAGCCAAGGGUCUAAAAGUAUAUAGGAUGGAAUAAAAAUAAGGAAAAGAUUUGUUUGUAGAAUUCCCAAUAAAAAAAUUUAAUGGUAGAAUUUUCUUAAGAGAAUUGGUGGAAGUUCCCUUGUUUGGGACACUUAUGACAAGUGAUCAGUAAACAGUGUGCGAAAGUAAUCCUACAACAGCAGGGGGUAGCACUGGGUACUUUGUAGACCUUUUCCAGUGCUAAAACCAAACUUGUCUGUAAUGCCAGAGUAACUCCAUUGAAAUCAAAGGCAUUAUUCUGUUUUAUACUAAUAAAUUUUAGUUCAGAAUCUAACCCUAAUAUCCAGUUUGUAUCUUAAUCAUCUUAAAGCUCUACAAUUUAAAAAAACCUCAGUCAAGCAGGAUUAAAUGCUACACAUUCUAUUAGGGCUUUAAUUUAAACUCCAUAAAGCUAUUAUGAAUGUUGCCUUCUAGAGCAUUGAUUAGUUUGGCUGUGAAGGACAGACAGCUUUGUAGCGAGACAUCUUUUUAAAUUACAGCCAAGCCAAAAAGAACUCUAAUUGUGUUCAGUACUUGGUAAUGGGAUGUAUUACUAUUGCAGACUUUCAUAGCACUUCAGGAUUUUGUUGUGUUAUUGUCCUGUAGCCAGUUUUUAAAUACAGGAAACUAAAGCUUCUAAGCAGGGCCCCAAAUUACAUCAACAACAACAACAAAAAUUAAGAAGGUGGCCUAGGAAGCUUUUUCUGUAGUACAGGCGAGUAGCUUCCAACCUUCAGUCUGGUGACUGUCCCACCGGAAAUACAACCAUUGCAUGACCCAUUGGGUAUAACAAAUGAUAGUGGAAUUCAUUCAGUAUCACAUGCAGGAACAGACCAUGUGAUGUGAGUGGGGAAAAAGGGGGGGGGGGUCAGUACAGAGAAAGAAAUGUAAUAUUUUUAAGCUUUGUUCGGACAUGCAUUGGAUCUGUCUGCUCACUUUUACUUUCCUAUCUCUACCCAUGUCACACCCACAUUAAGCACUUAAUCCAAGCAGCACAAGAAAACAGGGAACCUCAGCUCUGUGACAAAACAAACUGCCUCAAAUGCUUGUAAGCAGCAGGACUGGUUCUCUCUCUCCAGGGGGGUAUUUUUGCCUAUCUUCUGUUAUCUCUCUGUAUACCACCACCUCCAGGUUGAGAUUUAGCCAUAUUUAUUUUUUAUACAAUUUAACUGUAGAGUCUGGGAUUUAAUUCCUUUCCUCUAUUGUUUUGUAUUAUAAAGCAUUUAAUACAGCCUUCCUAGAACCAGAUAGUGGCCCCCAAACAGGACGUGACCUAUUAGUUGGGAAUCAUUGGUGCAGAUAAGGCUUCUGUGUAUUGAUCCCAUUAAAAGUAUGUAAACACUAACAAAGGAAACUAUUGCAAGGAUGAUUGACAGGAUGUUACAGUUUAUCACUUAGUUUGACCUUCCAGCAGUUUAACACAUAUACCCACCCCAUACCAUACCACCAUAGUUGAACAAAUGCCUUUGGGUACUCCUGCAGUACCCAGUAAUGGGGCUAGAGGUACAGAGGCUUUUAAGGAACCUCCAAAAGCCCAGCAUGACGUGAAAUGGAAUUAGAAAGAGCAGCUGAAUUGGUGCAGCAGUUGCCAUUCUUGUGGCUUUUUUCAAACAAUGCAGAGAAAUUGGUGUAGAUUGCACCAGUGCAGCGCUGAAGAUCUCAACCAAAGAGUUGCAGUCAGCUAGGAUACCCACUGGUUGUGUGAUGCCUAAGACAACUGUAGUGUGCGGAUAGCAAUGGUACAUGGAAUGCUUUGAGCUUGGAAUGUAACCAGUUUUGCAUCCCUUUUUGUUUGCCCAGUAUAGUCUGGGCAAACAAAUGUAGUGAUCACAUGUAGUGAUUUGUCUGGGAAAAGUACGAACCUAAAUCCUAAUGACAGCGUACCCACAGCCGAAGUAAAUAUUUGUCUCUUAAGAGUUUCAAAAUGGCAGUUUCAGCUAAUUGUAUCAUUUCUAGUUUAAUACAUACUGCUUUUAAAGAUCUUCACACUUUUUUGCAUAAUAAACUGGUUGACAAAUACAGCUGCUACACUAUGCUAUAGGGUUCACUUAAAACCUUUAUUGAGAAUGGCUCAAUUACAGACAAAAUAUAUUUAUGUAUAAAAUUUCUCUGCAUGUAAAAUAUCCCUUUCUUUGCUGUGGACAAUAUGAAUAAAACAAGGUAUUACACAGAAA